AUGGAAAAGAACGACUACACCCCGCUUCCUCAGCACGAUCAGGCGCCCGUCGAGGUGCCCCGCCAGCGCCGUGCGACCUGGAAGCUCGCCAUCCCGGUCGGUAUCCUCUUCCUGCUGCUGACGCACCUCACGACCUCGACCAUGACUGGCAAGGGUCUGUUCGGCUGCGCCGGGAAGGCUGAACACGGAGCUCACAUGAAAGGUCACGGACACGCUGUCGCGCACCACGCCUCACUGCUUAAGGAGGCGUCAUGCCCCGCGCAGCCCAAGCCAAUCUCUGUCGGCGCCGACUGGGACAUCAUCAACGACGAGUCGUACGCCGACAAGGCUGCGGGCCGUCUCUCGCGUGCGGUUCAGAUCAACACUGUCUCGUUUGACGACAUGCCUUCGGACCCCAAGGACCCGCGUUUCGAUGGUCACACCAAGUUUGCCAAGUUCCUCGAGGACGAGUUCCCGACCGUUUACUCCGGUCUCAAGCACGAGAUUGUGAACGAGCACGCGCACCUGUUCACGUGGGAGGGAUCGUCGGACCGCAAGCCCAUCUACCUGAUGGCUCACGAGGACACGGUUCCUGUGAACAAGGACACCGAGGACCAGUGGACGUUCGGCCCGUGGUCUGGCGAGAUCACCAAGGACCACUCAAAGGACACCCCCGGCACUUGGGUUUGGGGCCGUGGCGCCAGUGACUGCAAGAACUCGCUCAUGGGAAUUCUUGGAUCGAUCGAAAAGCUUCUCGAGGAGGACUUUAAGCCUGAGCGUACCAUCCUGAUCGGUUACGGCUAUGACGAGGAGAUUGGUGGUGGCCGUGGCGCGCUGCCCAUCGCCGAGCUCAUCGAGGAGCGCUACGGCAAGGAUGGUGUCGAGUUCAUCAUUGACGAGGGCUUCUCUGGCAUUUCUGACGCGUACGGCGCCCGCGUCGCCGCUCUCGGCAUGGCCGAGAAGGGCUCCAUGACUGUCAAGCUCACUGUCAACACUCCCGGCGGCCACUCGUCCAUGCCCCCUCCCCACACUGGAACGAUCGUCAACCACCGCAUCGCUUUCACCAGCUCGGUCCACGAGACCAAGAAGCACUACAAGGACGUUGUCGUACCCGUUGCCAAGAAGCUCGGAUUCUCCAUCUCCUACUUUGGCGAGGAGCCCGAGGAGCGCAAGGCGCAGCACCUGACCAUUUCGGUCGUCGGCCACGAGCACAUUGACGGCCUUGAGCCCGCACCCAUCACGCCCGCCGACUCGUCCGCCUUUGGCUUUAUUGGCGGCACGAUCAAGACCGUCUUUGGCAAGCACACCGUCAUCGCCCCCACCGGCAUGUUUGCCAACACGGACACGGCGCGCACCUGGAACCUGACUCGCAACAUUUACCGCUUCUCGCCCUCGGACCUCAACGAGUCUGGCGGCAUCCACACCGUUGACGAGCGUAUCUCCCUCCACGGCCACCUUACCACGACCCAGUUCUAUUAUAAGCUCAUCCGCAACACCGAGGGCUGGGAGGCGUAA